AUGGUGGACAUAAUAUCAAAGGUGUUUCCACUCAUGGUGGAAGAUAUAUGCAGUAUAAUGUAUAUGGGAACCUCUUUGAAGUUUCGAGAAAGUAUGUUCCUAUCAGGCCUGUGGGUUGUGGGGCUUAUGAUUAUAGCUGUGUUAAAACAAGUUCCAUUCGACUUUGAGUCGAACUCGUGGUUUCUAUCCUGUGUGAGUGGCUUUGUGAAACUCGUCAGGACAAAUUUUGUUUUAUGGACCAUCACAGUCAUCCUUCAAACAGCUACCUAUUACAACAAAUUUUGCGACAUUAAUGAUAUGGGCAACUUAUCUAUUGCCAGCUGGCAUGAUGCAAGGAAUCUGGUAAGGUAUUAUGUUAAGGCAGCUAUGUAUGUAGUUCUUCUCUGCAUCAAAGACUUGGAGUUUUAG